AUGCAUAAACGAAGCAUUUUUUCAUCACGUUACGACUUUAAAAGGCAAAAAAUCAACCAAAAAUGGGAUUUGGAAUUCAGAAAAUCAAAACUUUUCCCCAAAAUUGUUGAAAAUCUGACAAAUGUCACGGAUUUUACGGAAAUUUCAAACAUUGAAGACAAGCCAAAACCAAUUCUGAACAAAAAUGAAUGGUAUGACUCCCCAAAAAUUAGUAUCACAGAUCGUUAUUUCCUUGAAGAGCAAUUUGAAGUAGAAUUUCUGGAUAAACGUGAACGAGAGACGAUCAAUUUGAUCAUUUUUGAUGCUGAACCGAAAAAAUUUAAAAAUCCUCGUCGCCAAUUUGUGAUCGAAGAUCUUUCGAUCUCAGAUAAAAUUCAAGUUUUGGAGGAUUUUUUCAAUGUUGAAGUUCUUGAUGAAGCUCUUCAGGAUUUGAAUCUCAAAAAAAUCAUCGAAAAACCAAAACCUGAUCGAUUUUUCGAUAAAAGUCCCACGCUCACGAGUCAAGAUGGGAAAUUCAUUUGUUUCUAUUGCGAUAAACGCUUUAAACGUUCUUGGAUCCUUUCAAAUCACUUAAAACUUCAUAAAGGAGUCCGUCCCUACCUUUGUCCGUUAUGCCAUAUGGCAUUUUCGGAUCUUUCCAAUUUACGAUCUCAUCAACGGAGUAAAUCGCAUCACGAUUGGAAAUUCGCCUGUACUCAAUGCUCGAAGCCCUUUCAAAAUGUCUCGGUUCUGCAAUGCAUCUUUCAGCCACAAUUCAUGGAGGAAGCUGUCGUCUGCUACGAACGCGCCUAA